AUGGCCAAUGGCCAGCCAAGCGCUGAUCCAGGCUCUGUGCAGCAAAUUCGAUAUGGCAACGGCAACGGUGGUUUGGUUGUCUUGAGUGAUACCCAAACCAUUGAAGUCCUGGCUCAUUUUGCCCGCGAACGUAUUCCUGAAAGGAGCGUGCACGCAAAGGCAGCCGGCGCCUUUGGCGAGUUUGAGGUGCUUGAAGAUGUCUCUGACAUAACUGAUGCGGAUUUCCUCACUGGCAUUGGAAAGAAGACCAAGGUUUUGACCCGUAUGUCGACUGUCGGUGGAGAAAAAGGAUCUGCCGACACAGUUCGCGAUGUCCGAGGCUGGGCACUCAAGUUCUAUACGGAAGAGGGUAUCCAGGACUUUGUCUUUAACGAUCUUCCAGUCUUCUUUAUCCGGGACCCCAUCAAAUUUCCAUCCAUGAACCGAAGCCACAAGAGGCACCCUCAGACUAAUGUGCCAGAUAACACCAUGUUCUGGGAUUUCCACAAGAAUAACCCGGAGGGUAUUCACGCUCUGAUGCACCUGUUUGGAUCGCGUGGUAUUCCAGCCUCCCUCAGAAAUAUCAAUGGCUAUAGCGUUCACAGUUAUACCCUGAGUAAGGCUGAUGGAACCUAUGUCUACGUCAAGUGGCAUUUCAAGCCAGAGGAUGGCGUCAAGACCAUGGACUCAAACACGGCUGUCCGCCUCGCCGGAUCAGACCCAGACUAUCAUGUCAAAGAUCUGUUCAAAUCUAUCGAGGACGGAAACUAUCCAAAGUGGUCUGUUUGCGUCCAAGUCAUGAAGCCUGAAGAGGUCAAAUCGGCACCCAUUGACAUUUUUGACUGCACGUUUACCUGGCCUUACGAUAAAUAUCCUCUGCGUCGCAUUGGCCGCUUGACCCUGAAUAAGAAUCCGGGCAACUACUUCCAAGACAUCGAGCAAGCUUGCUUCUCACCCUCUAACAUGGUUCCGGGCAUUGGGCCCUCGGCAGAUCCUGUUCUGCAAGCGAGAAUGUUCAGCUAUCCUGACGCCCACCGCUAUCGCGUUGGACCAAAUUAUUUCCAGCUGCCACCAAACAGGCCAACUAAUACCGUCUACGCACCCUAUGUGCGAGACGGCCCUGGAACUAUGAAUGGAAAUUACGGUAGCGAUCCCGACUACGUCUUCUCGGAGCUUCGCCCAGUUUCUCAGAGCAAACGGGUCCAGAUACCACUUCAAGAGCACUGGGAUGGAAAAGUGUCGUCCUUUGCUACGAAACUUUCUGACAAUGAUUUCGUGCAAGCUCGUCAUCUUUGGAAGAUCAUUUGCAAGGAGGAAAAAGGCCAGGAACAUUUCCUCUAUAAUAUCAUUCCGACGUUGCAGGACAUCCCUGUCGCCCUAAGGAAGGAGGUUCUUAAGUACUUUGGGCGUGUUGAUCCAAGCUUGCAGCAGUGUCUUGAAGAAGACCUCGCGAAACAUUAA